AUGGAGGUCUACGUAGACGACAUGUUAGUCAAAGCUCAUGAACUAGCAUACCACAUCAAGUACCUUUUCAGCCUACUCCAAAAAUACAACAUGAAGUUGAACUCGAACAAAUGCACGUUUGGAGUCUCGUCCGGUCGAUUCCUGGGAUACUUAGUCACCCAAAGAGGAAUUGAGGUACAUCCAAAUCAAAUCAAGGAUAUACUCAAUAUGAAGUCACCUGCCACAACAAAGGAAAUACAAAGUCUAACAAGUAGAGCGGUAGCUCUCAAUCGAUUCUUCUCAAGAUCUACAAACAAGUGUAGGCCAUUCUUCAAAGCCUUGAAGCAAGGACACAAAGACAAGUGGGAUGACGAGUGUGAAGUAGCUUUUUAA